AUGCUGUUAACAAAGGAAAGUGAUUUUUGUGCAUCUUCUGAAGAAAGUGAAUAUGAUUCAGAUGGAUAUUUGGAGCAACCAUAUACAGACAAUUCAACUGCAACUUAUUAUCGUAAAUAUGGUCUUCAUGGAAAAUUUACUGUAGCGUCAGAGAAGACAAAUUCUCUUACAAAUUUUUUUAAACCCAUUAAUUUGAACAAUAAUGAAGAUAAAAUUAAUGAAACUGUUUCUUUUAUUAGAAUGAAUAGUGAAUAUAAUGAAAGUGAUGAAAUAAGUGAGUGUAACGAAGCAAGUGAAAUGGGUAGACAUACUGGAAUGGAUAGGAAAACAGGUAGACAUGAUAGAAUUGAUAGUGAAAUGAGUAUAUAUGACGAAAUCGAUAGUGGAACGGGUAAAAACAAUGAAAUAGAUGGUGAAAUGGAUGGUGAAAUGGAUAGAUAUGACGAAAUCAGCGAAAUUGAUGGUGAACCAGGUAGAUAUGACGAAGUUGAUAUUGGAACAGAUAAAAAUAAUGAAAUGGAUGGUGAAACAGGUAUAUAUGGCGAAGUCAAUAUUGGAACAGAUAAAAAUAAUGAAAUGGAUGAUGAAAUAGAUGAAAUUGAUGGUGAAGUGGGUAGAUAUGACGAAAUCAAUAGAACAGAUAAAAAUAAUGAAAUGAAUGGCAAAACGGAUGAAAUUGAUGGUGAAACAAGUAGAUAUGGUGAAAUUAAUAAAGGAACGGAUAAAAAUAAUGAAAUGGAUGGUAAAACGGAUGAUAAAAUAGGUAGAUAUGGCAAAAUCAGUGAAAUGGAUGAAAUUGAUGGUAAAACGGAUGAAAUUGAUGGUGUAAUGGACGAAAUUGAUGGUGAAAUGGGUAGAUAUGGUGAAAUUAAUAGAGGAAUGGGUAAAAAUAAUGAAAUGGAUGGUAAAACAGACGAUGAAAUGGGUAGAUAUGGAAAAAUCGGUGAAAUGGACGAAAUUGAUGCUGAAAUUGAUUGUGCAAUAAGUAAAUAUGAUGAAAUGGAUAGUGAAACGGGCAGAUAUGACGAAAUCGAUGGUAAAACAUGUAGAUAUGAUAAAAUAGAUAGUGAAACGGGUAAACAAAAAAUAGAUAAAUUUAGUAAUGGGAGUGGUUACGGCAAAACAGAUGAAUUUAAUAAUAGGAGUAGUUAUU